GGAGAGCGCGAGCGCGCGGGGCUCCGGCAUGGCGGCAGUUUCUCCACAUGGUUUUCACUCAAGCGAGAGGAUCCAACGUCUUGCAGAACCAAAGAAAACAAAAGAUGUCUGGAACUAUUCUAGCAAGUUGGUCUGGGGAAACCAAGAAACCAUCUGGCCCCUUUCUAAGAAGGCCUUGACCGAUCGGCCAAACCAAAGGACCCUGGACCUCGCAAAACCCAAGAAGGACUUCAACGGGAAACACCAGCGCAGGCCCCUCUACGUGUUCAGCUGUGGCCGGGAGUCUGAGAUCUGGGAACGCCCACCAGACCUGUAUGAUCUCAUGCCAUCGGAGCGGUUAUUGCACCUAUCAGAACCUAGGCGAUACUCACCAGUCUACCUGAAACAGAGGCCACGAAGCUCCCCGUUGUGGUCCGUCAGCCCCAUGGCACUUUCCUGUAAAGCUUCCCAGCGGAUCCUGGACCUGUCACAGCCAAGAUCUCUUUGCUCAUCCUUCACUCUUCCAAAAGAGUCCGAAACACAAGUUACAAAGGCUGCCCUGACUGCUGCAGCAUCUGCACGGACCAAACGUCUCGCCCAGCCCAUAAUCAAGAAGAGCAUCCUCUGCUAUGACAACCGAUACAUGGAGGCGCCUGUCCGAGAAGUAAACCCAGCCGCCCUUCAAGCAGUCGCAAGUCCCAGGACAGCAGAACUUGCUAGGCCCAAAGCGCUCCCCACCGAGUGUUCCCCUGACCGUGAUGCUCAGUGGCCCGUGUCACUAGCAGCAAGGAAGGCAGCGGCUUCGCUGAGGAUGGAGGAACUUGCUCAGCCUCCCAGAAGGGCCCCCACCAACUUUGUACAAUUCAACCCGGAAGCCUUUACCGUGAAGGAGACUGCUAAGAAGGCCGUCUGUACGGAUCGGGUCAAAAAGCUAGCAGAACCGAUCAUGCGCUGAGCCCUUUUCCCAGAGGCCUCUAACUAUCUCUGCCAUCUACUCAUAAUUAAAUUAAAAAACCAGA